GUGCGCGUGUGGGUGUGUGUAUGUCAAAGCGACACACUGACUGAGACCUCAGAGAGAGAUGAGUUUCUACAGUGACGACUCCUGUACCGACGAGUUAGAGACUUUAGGGUGGUACCACCAUGACCUGUCCCGCCAUGCAGCAGAGGCUCUCCUCCUGUCCAAUGGGACUGAUGGAAGUUAUCUCCUGAGGAACAGUAAUGAGGGAGAGGGCUGCUUCGCUCUGUCUGUCAGGGCGAAGGAUUCUGUCAAACAUUUCCACGUGACACGCAAAGAUAACGGCUACGUGUUUGGCUUCAACGAAUACCCAACCCUUCAGGACUUUGUCAAUCACUUUGCUAACCAGCCUCUGCUGGGCAGUGACGCAGGAACUCUGAUGGUGCUGAAGAGUCCGUAUCCGUGGCGGGUGGAGGAGCCAUCCAUCUACGAGUCAGUGCGAGUUCACACAGCAGUACAGACGGGCCGCACGGAAAACGACCUGGUGCCCACCGCCCCAUCGCUAGGCACAAAGGAAGGCUAUCUGUUGAAACAAGGAGCAUUUAUUAAGAACUGGAAACAGAGAUGGUUCACACUCAACAGAUAUGACCUCAAAUACUUCAAAGACAAAAUGUGUGAGGAACCCAUUCGGACCCUGGACCUCAGAGGCUUAUCUGCAGUACAGUUUGACUACUCUCAGGACAGAGUCAACUGUUUCUGCUUAGUGUUUCCUGAAAGGACAUUUUAUCUCUGUGCAAAGACGGGAGUGGAGGCAGAUGAGUGGAUCAAGAUCCUGAGGUGGAAAAUGUCACAGAUAAGCAAAGGUCGGUGACAGCUGUGAGCAAAGCGCCAGGAGAUGAGGACGGCCAUAGAGGAAGGAACAAUGAAGGAGAGCACAUGAAGAGUAUAGCAUCAAAUUUAGGCUGGCCUGGAUGUGGCUCGGUCACUAGCGUUUGUUUUUACAUUGAAUGAUUGGCAUAUAUUUUGAGCUACUUCAAAGAUAUUUGCUAGCAUGAAUCCAUGAGAGCGUCUCUCAGUACUUCCUGAAUUAAAUGUGUCUUUGGUUACAUUCUUGAAAUAAGGUCUGUGGGCAAUACAAACUUAACAGAUUUUUGUUACACAUGAAAUAGGUCAGUGAAAACCCCACUGAUGGAUGUUGAAGCCUACAUAUCAUAAAAACAAGAAAGAAGUGACUAAUUGAGAAUGCUAUCAUCAGGUCAAAUGCUAGCCGCCUUUAGCUUAGCGUUGGUGAUGUGGAGAUUAUUCUGCAGAAAGAAAUGUGUAUCAAAAACAUGUGUUUGACACAUACAUUAUUUUCUCCACUGUUCCAAAACCACAUGGAGAAAUCUCAUUGCUUGCUGCCGAUAGAGCCCUUGUGAUGCUAACGUCUGGGUUAGCCUACGACAUUUCUGCCCCACUCUUAAGGACACCGCUAAAGCUGAUCACUCUUACACAAAAGUGCCAAACAUUAAUCAUAUAAUUCUAUGCCGUUUUUACAGAAAUACAAUUUCCAUAACAACAUUGAGUCUGGAUUGUAUUACCUGCUCACUGAAACUCAAUGUGCAGUUUCUUCUUUAGCCAAGUCAUGUAAUCGUAAAGAGUAUGGAUAGUACCAAAGUGUCAGGAGAAAGGUUGAUGCAGCGGGACGGACAUUUAAUAAGGAUAGUAAAUACAUGUUUGUGCCUUACCGAGGAUUUCUUCUUUGCCACUCGGCAGUCACGGCACACAUUUGUUUUUGUUGGCAAACUCUUUUUUUUAAUAAAUUGUCAAAAAUA